UAAAACAGACCGUGAAGACGCCAGCUGGUCUCCAAACUCACACCAAACUUUAGCACAACAUUAAAAUGUCAUAGGUUUGACACACACAUUACUUAAGCGUGUUGAUUGAUUAUGUGGGUGUGUUGAUGAAGGAAAAGGAAAAGGAAAAGAGGAGUUAGUGGGACUCACCCAACUAGCCUGAAUUCAAGGCUGAUCUGAUAGGGAGGGAAGCUCUAAAUGCCAAAUAUGAACUGAAAAAUCAUGUGGGUAGUGCCAAUUUGUUUGUUUGGGCAUCGGAACCGACAAUCUAGGCCACUGUUUUAUUGGUGAGGGGUUGGGAAAGGUGGAUGAGAGUGGUUUUGUAAAUCUCGAUGGGAAUAAAUUGAAGUCAAAACUUAAAAAGUAAAAAAAACAGAUCAUACACCCAUCAAGUAUUAUUCAAAUACAAGGAAUGCAAACUUACUGCACUCAAUGCCUCUCCUUUUUCUCCUGGCAUCUAAAAACUGUCAAGGGAUUUUAAUCCCGCAGAUAUUUCAGCUUUGAUAGUAACCAGUGUGCAGAAUAAUCGGUUGGCCUAUCCCAUUUCAUUUAUUUUGUUUUCUUUUUGCUUUCUUUGCUGCACCUACUUCGAAAAACUGACCUUAAAAGCUGUCAUUUUAGCCAAUCUCCAUGGACCCUUGUAUGAUUCUCACCAGGUAGUCUUGUCUAUGUUUUUGUCUUUUAUUCUAAAUCUACACAGCACAUGCUUCUACCUGCAUUGUAGCCACUGGCUAAGCAUUCUGUUGUAAGAAUUCCUUGAGCCCAUUUCUUAUUCAUGUUUGGGUCAUGUUGUUAUAGAUCUGAGAAGAAUGUGCAGGUGAAUGUGAUUUACGAUCUCUAAAUCCCAACUCUGAAGCCCCUUUUGCAAGAUUAUAAGCUCAAAUAUCUUAUGCGGACAAGCUCAAAUUUUUUAAUGGCUACAUUUGCUUGUCGUUUCAUGUUCUUGGUCUGUAUGUCAGGUCUAUCGCAUUGGUGAACUUGUUGGAUACGGUGCCCAAUGUUCUGCAUUGAUAGUUAAGAGUGGAUAAAUGGUUUCCACCUAUUGGAUCUCAGCACCUGCUAUGAUUUAGCUCCUUGGUAUGCUAUCCAGGUCCAGUAUUGAUUAUUAGAGGUCAUGAGUGGCCUCUCUUUUGAAUGGUAUUAGGUGAGCCCUAUUGAAAAGUUGGGUACAUGAAUGCCGUCUUUCGUUUGGGCCCCAAAAGUUCCUCCUACCCCUUUCUUUUUCUUUGAUUUUGUAAACCAUACAAUUCUAAUCUAAAAUCUGAAAAUUUUGAUUGUGAAGCCUGCACAAGUGAUGGGCACCUCUCAUAUUGGUGCCCAUGGAAACUCUUCUCUGAAUCAAACUUUCUUUCCCUGAAGAUGGCUGCGUUGGAUUACUUAGAACUUCGGACAACAGCCUGCUAGCUUCUAUAUAGUUCUUCCAGACUAGCUUGGCCAAUGGUUUUGAGUUUUGUUCUCCUUUAUUUGUUGGGUAUCUGACAUCUAUAUCAUUUGCCUUUAUUCAGUAUCUUGUUUUUGAUCUCAUAGAUCUUGGGAUCAUUCAGAGUCUCUUAGCUAAGUUUUCCUCCCCGCUCUAUGAGAAAUCUGAAAUGACGUCCUAAAAGUUUAGUUCGCGAGAAUGGAUUGAGGAUUAGGGCUCAACUGUUAAUACAUGCUUAUUAGGAUAUCCAAGUUCAAAGCUUAGAUGUGGAGAGAUUUUCCAACAGAGGAAACGGCAAAGGAGAGUUUGCAGGUUCAGCGUUUAUCAGUGAAUUAGCGGCCAUCGGUAAUGAUGGAUCUCAGCAACCCAGCAGCAUAGGUUUCUUUUGUUGGGUAUUUGUUUUCAGUAACCAUAGAGCUCAUUGGUUGCACUGUAACAUCUGUAUGAUUACAUUGUGACUGCUCCUGUUAUAGUCUCACUACACCACAUCUGCCAAAUAUGUACUGGAUUAUUGAGCCCCGAGGAUCAGGCCAAGAUCCUCCCAUUAUUUCAAUUCUGUCUUCUCUACUGGAAAGGGUGGUGGAAAGGAAUGAACAGGCAGCGCCUGGAGCAGCAUCCAUUCAGUGCCUGCCAAUUGCUCAAAAGUUCAGUAUUUUUCAUGGACUCAGGGCCCCCUCAAUAGGCAUUGGGAAGUACUUAGAGAGGAUCUUCAAGUACGCCAACUGUAGCCCUUCAUGUUUUGUGGUUGCUUAUGCUUAUAUUGACAGAUUUAUACACCAGCAACGGACCAAUCUUCCCAUCACAUCGCUCAAUGUUCAUCGCCUCCUCAUAACCAGUGUUAUGGUUGCAGCCAAAUUUCUGGAUGAUGCGUACUACAACAAUUCAUAUUAUGCGAAAGUGGGUGGUGUCACACCACUGGAAAUGAACAGGCUAGAGCUUGAGUUUCUGUUUGCAUUACGGUUUCGCCUUCAUAUCACAGUAAGCACUUUUGAGAAUUACUGCAGUCUUCUUCAACGGGAGAUGGUGCUUUCUAGCAGUUAUCAGAUAGAGAAACCGAUAUUACAAUAUUGGUGUGGUUUGGUGGAUAAUUCUGUGCAAGAUAAGCCUCAAAUACCCCAGCAGCAGAUGACAGUUUGGUGUAGUUACGCAGGAGUUUGAGUACCAUAGACCAAAAACGACAACGAGCUAUGUAAUUUAUUUGCACCUUUUCCUUUGCAAUCGUGGGUACCUCCAAAUAUUUGAACGAAUAAUAAGGAAAGCGGGUAUCUUGCUGAAGCCGCUGGUUUGUUCUCUUGGUCAAGAAUCCAUAUCAAGAGCUCCAUUCUCUUCAAUCAUGCAACAUAAAUUGUUGAAGGCCUCUGCAGAAUAUACAAUCAAGUUUGGAUUGUAUCUUCUAAUCUAGUAUGGUUUCCAUCUUCAUGGACCUUGAAGGUUACCAAGAUAAAUCAGAGUUUCAAGAUCUAAGAUGUGUUUACCAGGUAAAUGGUCCAAAUACUAGAGGGAUGUUUAGUGUUCAAACAGAGAUCCUUGACUAGUUUACACCUAAGAUGAUAGCCUUUGGGAUCCUAGAUCCUCAAUGCUUUGUUGAGCUUACAUCUGAGUACCCUUUAUAAAGUUCAAAUAUGCUUUGGCAAUAGUAUGAGGAUCUCACUAACUCUGUGAGCUUGGAGCUAGAGUGUGUCUUUUUAUAGCCUUUAAUUCUAUGUUAUGGCUCUUCUCCUAUUGAAGAUAAUGUAAGAGAGCAUGAACAUGUAUAAUCACUGUUCUUUGGUAUCUCAGUAUGAAGUGUGUUUUCUAUGCCAGAAAUAUGCUUAUGAAAGUUGUUAUUCUUGUGUA